CGGAUGGACACCCAGCUCGCAAAUCGAUGGAUGAAGAUUUACACGACUGUAACUCUUCCAGCUACAGACAAGACAGCGCCCCCUGGAAGCCGGAGGUUUCAGUCGGAAGGUAAACUCGUGUUUAUUUUGACGUCGGUUUGACAGCCUUGUUCAUCACGUUUGACAAAACGCAUUCAACCCCAGAAUUUUCAACCCCAGUAGGUGUGAGGAGCUACAGGAGCAACAUGGAGGAGGAAGCGGCAUCCUCGUUUGAAGGCGACAUGGACCCCUUGUUCCCCGCCGAGACCUAUGCUGCCGAGUCCUUGGCAGCACACAUGGACCCUUGGAUCGUGUUCGACUCGAGAAAAACCCCCAGAUCGGAGUUCGACGACUGGCUGGAAAGCAACAGGCCGUCACGAGUGAGCAGAUUUGGCAACAAGGAGCUGGGCGUGGGCCCCGUGGGCCAGAUCUCUGUGCUGGGCCCGGACCAUUGGUCCGACGGUUGGGAUGUGGACGCUCUCCUGGAGAGCUGGGACAAACUGGUGGCCAGCGGGCGGGCGGUCACCUUUGAGAACGUCAAGGAGCUGGCGCUGAACCACGGCGUCCUCUCGGGCAAGUGGCUCAUGCACCUGGACCCCGGCUUCAAGGUGGACCAGGCGUGGGAGGGCGUGGCCAGAGCGACGGCGGACGGCAAGAUCUGCAGCGCCAAAGUCAGCCCGUACGACCCCGUCAAAGGAGACCAGCAUGUCAUCUGCGUCUACAACGAAAAUUUCACAGACGAGAGCCAAGUGGUCCAGCUGGAAGCUCACAUCCGAGCCUCGGGGGUCAAGUGUCCUCUGGCCUACAAGCCGGACGUGUACACAUACCUGGGAAUCUACCGAAACAACCGCUGGAAGCUCUAUCCCACCAUCUAUGAGAGUAAAUUCAACCUGGAUUGUGUGCCGAGGCGCUCGCGCAUCGUCAACAAAGUCACCAACCUGUAUGUCACAUAAGCCCGAUGGCAAGAGUUCCGUA